ACGGGGACGCAACAGUCGCUCGGCGCACUUUGUGCUGGAAUCAUCGACAACGAUGCUGUCGCUCUCGGAUAAUAGAUCUGACGUUUCGUGAUUAUUCCUAAUUGUAAUCAUCUUUCACUGGGGUAUCUUUUAUCUUUUUCAUUCUAUCAUUUUAUCGUAUCCUUUCAUCACGCCACGUCUCUUUUCAUUCUCGUGUUUACCAUUUGAACCGUGAACCAGGAAGGAAGAAAGGAGCACGGUUCCAUUCAUCAAACUCGUUCAGUAAAGCAAAAUCAAUUGUCAGUUCAACAUCACGAAAAUAUCCAGAUCAUUUUUUUUUUUGGACUCCUUCCUUGAAACUGGCUUUGAAACGUACUUGUAAAUGGCGUCUAUGAGAAGACAAACAAAGCGGACGAAAUCAGGAGGAAAACGUCUGGCUUAGUGUCGACGACCUCGAAUCGUCGAACAUCCGUAAAUAUUUGCUCUCUGGAAAAAAGUUAAGCGAGUAUCACCGUUAGUAAUGGCGACGACAGCGUCAACCGAAAGGAUGGAGUUGCCAAAGGAUAUCCCUAAAAAAAGAUUCAUCAACACGAAUCUGAUAUCUUUGAAAUGUCUCUUGUUCUUCUUUUUUGGAGGAUUAGGCAGUCUCUUCCCAUUUCUUCCACUGCAUAUGCAAGAAAUAGGAUUGAGCAUAAAAGAGAUACGAUUGAUCUCGAUGAUCUCACCGGCUGUAGCGAUUUUCGGACCACUUGUAGCCGGUCCGAUAGCAGAUAAACUCGCUGGUCAUCAAGGAAAAAAUGAAAAAUCAUCGACUGGUCGUUACUUGAGAGUAAUGAUAGCUAUUUGUUGCGUCCUCUCAGCCGUCUUUUACGCAGCUUUGCUACUCUUACCGUCCAUUGACAAAAUGGAAUCAUCGACAGUCAAGGACAGGAUCGAGACACCGAUUGCAAAUAAUCAAGGUUUAAAAUUUAGUUGCGAUGAAAAUGGUGCGAUCGUUCAGCAAGAGAGAUGCAAAGAAGACAUGGAUUGUCAUCGUUGGUCCGACGAGGACAAGAUUGGUAUAUUGCUUUUAGAGAACUGUAAUUAUGCUUGCUAUCCAAUCGCGAUGAAACGAUGGCAAUCAUCGGAAUCCGAGGAGGAAUCUUCGUCUUAUCAGACUGUCGAGUCAGAAAUCGAUGAAGAAGGUAGUGCUGAUGCCGUUACUCCUCUAGAUAUUGAAGUGGAUUACGUUGUUCAGGAUUUAGAAAGGUCCAAAAAAACACGUAGAUUUGUAAUACCGCAGAACGAACCACCUCAUCUUUGUUUCAAAGAUAACGACAACGUGGUUUGUCACGUAUAUACAGAAUAUUCCGAAGACUUAGCAUUAAACGUCAGUUUAAAACAAGCUAUAAAUGCGGAUGAUAGAGAAGCAUGGUGCGCGUAUCCUGUUAAAGAAUAUUUCGAUUGUCGAAUACCGCCUGAACUUGAGACGAGAAUGGCUGAGUACAAUCAAACUUGUACGAUAGAAUGCGAUUUGAAGGAUCCUUAUGUAACUCCAGAUAGCGUGUUAGCUGAGAGUCAAUGUUCACAACCGUCUGGCCUCGCUGAAUUAACAUUCUGGACCUAUUUGGUAAUUCGAUCUAUCGCUGAUAUUUUCCCAACAACUGCUGUCGCCUUGAUCGAUGCAGCAAUUGUUAUAGCAACACGAGAGACUUCGUCGGGUCGUGGAGAUGUUGGUCGACAAUUAGCAUUCGGUUCUAUUGGAUUUGCUAUUUUUGGUCCACUCACUGGUUACCUUAGUACUCUUUUACAAGGUGCAAACACGAUUUAUUAUCUACCGAUCUUGAUUCAUGCCGGACUGAUGCUUCUCGUAGCAAUCGUUGCUUUAGCAGCAAAUAAUAUGCCACUUAGUCCACCUGAAUGGUGGUGGCAUACUAGAAGUGGAAUGUUAGCCUUGCCUAUGAGUGCUAUUAAAAGAUAUGGUAGCGAGACCGCUGCCCUUGUCAUUGUCCUUAUGGUUAUGGGUACCUUCUGGAGUGCUAUGGAUAGUUAUUUACCUUUAUAUCUUCAAAGGCUAGGAGGUGAUAGCCUAUCCAUAGGAGUUUCUAUGACCAUAGGAGCAUUACCAGGUUGUUUAUUUCUUUGGAAAUCUGAACAUCUUGUUGAUUACUGUGGUCAUAGUAAUUUACUUAUCACAGCAUUUACAGUUUAUAUUGUUAGAUUUUCCGGUCUUUGUCUUCUCAAAGAACCAUGGGCGUCCGUAAUUUUCGAAGGUUUAGAAGUAUUCACGUUAAGUGUCAUGUGGGUUACUGCCAUUCUUUAUCUGAGACAUCUCGUCCCUCGUCAUUUAACGGUAACUGCUCAAGCUUUACCUGUGAUCGCUCAUUUUUGUGUUGGUCGAUGCAUUGGUGCCGUAAUCGGAGCUUACAUCAACAUGGAAAAUGCUAGUUCAAUCGAAUCCUGGAGAUUUGUAUUCCGUUGCAUGGCUGCUGCUGCAGCAAUCGUUUCUGCAUUAUACUUCAUCGUUUAUCAUGGUUUAUUAAAACCACGAUGUCAUGCUCAAACUGUUCAAGGCCCGAGACAACCACCCUCGAUUGUAUUAGCCAUGAAUGGAAAUGGUAAUUAUACACCUUUGAGGGUUUACCAUAAUGGUAUGGGUAGAAAAGGUCAAUUCAGAUAUUAAAAAUCCCCAUGUAAAAAAAAAAAUAUAUAUAUAUACAUAUAAGCGAAAAAUGCCCUAAUUAAAGAUCAAUGGUGCUUCACUUCUAGGUCGCUAAAGCGGAUAACUAUUCUUUUGUUUUUUCUUUUUUUUUUUUUAAUUUUUUUUUUAUAUUUAGUUUUAUUUAAUUAUAGAAUGAUAUCGAAAUACUCAUAUUCUUCAUAUUCAAGAAAGUUGUACGUAUUGCAUAUGUAUAUCACGAUGGAAAUGUGUGUAUAGAGAGAUGAUUUUUUUAUUUUUAUUAUUAUUAUUAUUAUUAUUUUUUUUUUUUUUCAUAACACUGAGUAUCUUAUUCGCUCAUUCACGAUAUUUACAAGAGAGACAUGUAAUAACAAUAAUUAU